ACCAUUGGCAAACAAGCGCAAAAAUUACGCAACAAUUGCACAUCUACUGCAGCGACUUUCUCUCAUCAUUCCUCCAGCAAUAAUAACCAGGAAGUUUUAAAGAGAUUAUUGGUGCCAGAGGUUGGAGGAAAACCAUUGAAUUUUUAACGAUAUCAAUAGCCAUUUUCCGAUGGAGUAGUCGUUAAAAGUCAAAACACAAUGCGCGCGCGCAUCCUCGAGGGGAUUCUCCUGUACCUCGCCUAAAGCUUUCUAUUCUCCUCUCAACACACAUCAUCCCAUACUCCGACCAGAAAUGUCAAAAUGGCGUCAUCACAGGACGCUUGGUAUCUCUCACUUUUGGGUUUAGCCGAGAAUUUUCGUACAUCAAAUCCACCAAAUAUAAAAUCAUGUAUACAGUGUUUACAAGCGGUAUUUUAUUUCAAACCACCGGCCCGUGUGGAAGCCAGGACCCACCUACAGCUUGGAAAUAUUCUACUCACACACACGAAAAACACAGACUUAGCGCGGUAUCACCUAGAACAAGCGUGGGGAUUGAGUCAGAACAUAAACACAUUCGACGAUGUCAAGUUCGAGGCUGCGAGCAUGAUUGGAGAGCUAGAUCAUCCCAAUCUGUCGAUGCCAAUUUUGAGGAGAGCUAUUGAAUUAUCACAGCACAAUGUUUACUGGCACUGCAGGCUCAUCUUCCAGCUCGCACAAAUGCAUGCAUCCGCCAGAGACUUUAUAGCAGCCAAUGGUCUCCUGGACAUUGGCAUUGACUACGCCCAAUUGAACAACGCCAGUUACACCCGUGUCCUCUUCCUCCUGAGCAGAUGCAUGCUCCUCCUGAUCGACAAGAAAUUCAACGAGGUUCACCCCCUGCUAAAUGCAGCAGGACGAUGUGUUGACACGUGGGAGGGUAGUAUCUACCAGAAAGAGUACCUCAAAGUAUUUUUUCUCGUACUCCAAGUGUGUCAUUACCUAAUGGCAGGACAAGUUAAAAGUGUUAAACCGUGUUUGAAACAGUUGCAACAAAGUAUACAGACAAUAAUGUCACCGCAAUGGCCCACAGACGAUGCUGUAGCUGGUACAAACAUUGGUGAUAUGUUUAUUUGGAUGCCAAAGGAACAUUUGUAUGUAUUAGUUUAUCUCGUAACUGUUAUGCACUCGAUGCAGGCUGGAUACAUGGAGAAGGCACAAAAAUACACAGACAAGGCACUGACGCACAUUGAAAAGCUCAAGAGUGUUGACAAUAAACCGAUUCUCUCUGUUUUUCAAUUGAUGUUGCUCGAGCAUAUUGUCAUGUGUCGAUUGGUCAUGGGAAAUAAGAGUGUUGCACUCACUGAGAUUGCACAAGCGUGUCAGCUGUGCAGGAAGCAGACGAGGCUGUUGCAGGGACAUGGACCACAAUUGCACACCUUGCUGGGACUGUAUGCAAUGUCGAUGAACUGUAUGGAAGCUGCCGAGGCGCAAUUCAUUGCAACUCUCAGGACCACUACUGAGAGGGAGCUCUGCACAUUUGCUAAUCUCAAUUUGGCUAUUGUCUAUUUGAGGACCAAACGGGAUCAAGAUCUUAAUGAAUUACUGGAUAGGAUUAAACCCGAAUCGUUGCCACCACAUUCACACUCGCUCAAGGCUGCGGCGUACUACGUACAGGGACUGCAGGCCUUUUUUGGAGCGAGAUACAAUGAGGCUAAGAGGUACCUGAGAGAAACAUUGAAAAUGGCAAACUCUGAGGAUCUCAACAGGUUAACAUCCUGUAGUCUGGUGCUCCUUGGUCACAUUUUCCUGUCUUUACUGAACGAGAGGGAGUCGAUGAACAUGGUGACGCCCGCCAUGCAAUUAGCAUCGAAAAUCCCUGACGUGCAUGUACAAUUAUGGGCUACAGCCAUUCUCAAAGAUCUGCAUCAUAAAAAUGGCAGUGGCAGUCACGAAAACGAGGCAUUCCAGAUGCACUGUACAUUCUCCCAAACUCUCCUGAAGGAUCACUUUCAGAGUUCCCAAAUGCCCGAACACUCAUUAAUUAAUUGGACAGACGGCCAAAUACCAGCCCUACCAUGUAGUACCCCCCCUUCCACCUCCAGAGCGAUACUUUAACGCGUGCAAGUGAUAAUCUCAUCUAUUUUUUAUUUUUGCAAAUCUACUUAAAUUAUUAUAGACUUGCACCACUCCUCAUAGACAAUGUUUUAACAAUUAAGAAGAAGGCAGCUGGAUUUCUCAUUUCAUUAGAAUAUCAUUCAAGUCAACUAACAACAAAUCGAUCUGUUGAAUUUGAAUGAUCCAGAUUUUGAUUGAUAGUCAAAUUUUUUUAAGACAAACAAGUGCAAAAAAAUUUUUCCUGUAAAUUAUUGUCAUUGUUUUCUUUUGUCGAUAGUUCCGGAGAAAUUUUUCGUUUUUUCUCGUUUACCCCGGGAGCCCAGAAAUAGUCGUAAGCCGUGUAAGUAAUAUACAUAAUUAUUAUAUGAAAGAAUGAUCAAAAAUAAUAGAGUUGAUGGAUUGCCUGAAGGGGCCUUAACGUUUUAGUCACUCGAACAUUUACCAUUCUUCAUUCCAUUGAUUUUUGCAUAAUAUUAUGAAGAAGUGGAAAUUGUUCGAGAGUCUGGCGUGCUGUAUAUAAAGAAAUUACCUUAAUUGAAAUAAAGAUAAACUAGGUAAUCGUCAAGCAAUCGUAGUUGAUUUACUUGUAGAGUAGUUCAGCUCAAAUCCUUCUGUUAGAGAGUCGAACUCAAAUGUUUUCGAAUUCAUUUAAUAUUUAAAAAACUUAUUGAAAAGGAGCUAAAUUACUGUGAAAUACUUUUCAUUUAUUAAGAUCGUAAAGAUAUCAUGCUCUUAGUUCUUCUUUUCCUUCAUAGAAAAUCAUCAAGGGUUGAAUUGUUUUAAGUCAACGAAUGUAGUGAGAAUAGGAGAUGAAUGGAUAAUUACUUUUGCUCUCCACUUCUUCAAUACAAAAUUACAAUGACCGAUGUAUCAUUUGACAAAUUAUUGGUGUGAGAAGAUCUUACGACAUGCUAGUCUCUUGAAUGAAAAAUAAACUGAGUUUUUUAAUGAACAGACUGAUUGUGAGUGUGAAGUUACAAUGGAAAACAUAAAAAUGCUUUGAAAUUGGAAAAACAUGUGGUAUAUGGUUCAUCGUCCUUGUACAGAUUGUUUUAUCACAAAUGUAUGUAUUUUUUAAGAUAAUUCAAAAAAAAGAGUAUCUCGUCUUAUUUUACUCCACCACAGGAAUUCCUUGACAACACCAACAGAGAGGACGAUUAAUCGAGACUCUGAUGAAGAAAAAAAAAACAAUCAUAAAUUUAUUCAAUUUUACAGGUGUUUCGUCGCAAUUUACAAUUACAACUGUUGUUUAAA